UACUUUCUUAGUCCUUACAUUACACACACAGACACAACCCAAUCAAAUCUCACAAAAUGGAUCACCACCACAACAAUGCUCCCAGCCACCACCAAUCAACACCGCAACCUGCUGUCGCAGUCCACCAUGCUCCCGCCCAGACCCACCACCAAUCCUCAUCACAACCUGCAGCUGUCCAACAUGUCUCUCAUCAGACCCCUAAGUACACCGACAACAAACCCACUGUUAGGUUUUACAGCAAGAUCAAGACUGAUUACUCACUCACCAUCCGUAAUGGAGAAGCCGUUCUUGCACCCACCAACCCCUCCGAUCCUCAUCAGCAUUGGAUAAAGGAAGAGAAGCUUAGCACCAAAGUCAAAGAUGAAGAAGGUUUUCCUUCUUUUGCUCUGGUCAAUAAAGCUACUGGACAGGCUCUGAAGCACGCUACCGGUGCCGCUAAACCAGUUCAGUUGACGGAAUUCAACCCAGAUAGGGUUGAUGAGUCUGUUCUUUGGACACAAAGCAAGGAUUUGGGAGAUGGUUUUCACUCAGUAAGAAUGGUGAACAAGAUUAAGCUUAAUGUGGAUGCAUCUAUCGAGGUGGACGACUGCCCCUUUUUGAUAUGGUGGUCUGGAGUUCCCAUGACUAGAAACAUGGCGUGCUAUGUUCAUGGUGAUGUUGAUAUGUAUGUUUGAAUAAUGUUGUGUUUAAAUAAUAUGUUCAUGUAUUUAAAUAGCACGACAAUCGGACCGUUACACGGCUCAAUACCACCACUAGUUCGUAUUGGACAAUGUACACAUGGUUCGUGUUGCUUUUUAUACAUAGAUGUAUGAAUGAGAAUAAAUUUUAUUGGUGUAUUU